CAAACCUAAAUUUUGAUAAAUUCCCACACAGAUAUAUUUUUCCAAAUAUAUCGAUUGUACUUGAGAUAUCAAAAAAUGAAAUGGAACUAUUUACUUGAAAUAGUAACUAAACUACUAUAGUAUCCAAAUGAGCUGAUCUCAAAAAGUCGACCAAAAAAUGUCCUUUUUGUGUAUUGUACAAGAAUGUACAAAAAAGUGUCCAUGUUAGAGUGAAAUUUUCGGCUGAGACAAAAUCUUGUGGGUGUUCAGUAUCAUCAAGACAAUUAUAUUUUAAAGUAACAAUUUCAUUUUAAAGCUUUUCAUUUUAUUUUAAAUAGGAAUAAUUGAUUGACACCUGAAAACUUUGUGUUUAGACAAAGAAAAUGAGCAUACAAGUGUACGAGCUAGUGUGAAACUUUCGGCUGUGAUAAAAGUUUACGUGUUCUAUUGAAAUUUCAUUUUUAAAGCUAAGGAAAAUUCUUGUUCGACAUCUGCUGUUUUUAUGAUAAGAAAUGAGUGUGUGCCCGUUGGUGUGAAGUUUUUGGCUGUGAUAAAUUAUCAACAAAUUUAAAAUUUUAGUUUUAAAUUCUUGAAUUUUAAAGAAAAAAUAAUUAUUAGACCUUGUUUCUGUCUGGUGAACUUUACCUAAGUAUCAGGCGUACCUUUCUGCGACAUCUGCCCUUCUUCCUAAUAAGCCGAAAGUACCUAUUAGUACCAAUAUGGAUUCAAGCAGCGCCGCAAGUACUUCCCAAAUGGAUCUAAGUCCUACGAGUACUUCCCGAACUGUACACGAUGUGGCUGUAGAUAAUGAAAUUUCAAGUACUACUCCCACGGAACUAGACAGAAGUGAGCAUAACCUAGAUGAAACGGAGUCAGUACUGUACGACAGGUUUUUAGAACUUUCCAUCGAUCCAUAUAACCAAACUGGUUCUUCCCAACACAUACCAGUGUAUAACUUCGAUAUCCAGCAUAAUAGUGCUCAUCAAACAGAAACAGUGACAGUGAUUGGUUUGGACGAUAACAGCACAAGCGGAUCUGAAACGGAUAUAGAGAUCCCUACGAUUAACCAGCGCACAAUUGCUUCUCAAACUGAACCACAGAUCACUUCGGAAACUGCUGAUGGCAGUGAAUUAGAGCUAAACACAUACCAGAGAUUCUUGCAACUACUGGAGUGUCCAGUUUGCUACAACUACAUGUCGCCUCCGUUUGGGCAGUGUUCUCAUGGGCAUGUCAUAUGCCCUAGGUGUUAUGAUCUACUUUCAAGAUGUCCAAUAUGUAGAAGCCCAAAAAUAUCAGCCCAUCCAGUUGUCAUUGAGAGAAUUUAUGACGUUACGCCCUUGCCAUGCAAGUUUGAACCCCGUGGAUGUAAGCUUCUCAUAAAAGGAAAAUACCUAAAACGUCAUGAAGAACGUUGCAAGUUUAAGCCAUGGACAUGUCCUCUACAACCUAUGAAUUGUCAUUGGGAAGGAGAUAGACACGAUUUAUUGACUCACUUGCAACAAAUUCAUCCUGGAAGGAUCAUAUUAAAUGAUUCAAGAAGCUUCUACUGUAGGUCAGUUAUAGGGACAAAUUCUCUUUUUAUGAUGGUUUUAUUCUACACCGACGACACUUUAUUUAGAGCCUUUUGGCAGUUUGACGGAACACAGUCUCUCAUGAAAUUUUGCGUUUGCCAGAUGCAGAGAGAAAUAACAGAAGAGGACUUCUUCUACAGUUUUACUCUAUUCAGUCUGUCCACUAGAGAAGAAAGUGUGAAACUGAUGGCAAAAUGUUAUAUUCCUGACAAUUUGGAACAUGAUCUGUUCAUUAGUAAUCAAUUUGUUGCGGUCCAUUUCGAUUUGUUGAGAAAAUAUAGUAACGAAAAGGGGGAUGUGAAAAUUAGAAUACAAAUAAUUAAACAAUAUCCCGUGAUAUCUACGAAUUCCUUAGAAACUAGUCUCAGUAUCGAAAAUAAUAUGCAAGCAUAAUCGUAAUGUCAAAUUCGUGCCUUGCCUAAACUACUUCCAUGUGUACAAAUUAAAAAGUACCACACCUCCUAGGGAAAAUGUUUUUAUUAAAAAUAAAUUUGUAGGUGUACGGAUUUCGUUUUUAAUGAUACGUCAUCAAGAUUACAGUUUCAUAUAAAAUUGCAUCUGACGCUUUAUUUGAUGGUAUACGGAAGCUUUAAAUUUAAAAUUUAUGUUCAUUGGUGAGAGCUUGUGCUAUGUAUUUUAACAUUAUUGUCGUAUCAAAUUUUAUGUAGAACAGUGUUGCUUGUUUGUUCGAGUUUGUAUAACUGCGUUUGUUUUAUAUCCUAUAUUUAGAAACAAAAUACCGGAAUAAAAUGUUUUCACUAUUAUGACGUUAAAUUGUGCCAUUUGGCAUAUAUUUAAAAAAAAUAAUGUAUCUGGCGCGUUUUGCUACUUUAAUGUACAAAGAUGCUUCAGAAAAAUAUAACAUACAUAUUUGUAUGUGUGAGUUUAUGCUGUGUUUAAUCUUAGUGACUUUUAAAUUUUAUGGCUUGACUUUAAAUAUUGUUUUUAUUUGUAUUUGUCGAUAUUAGCAUUAAGUUGUUAUUAGAACAUAGUUAUAAUGAUAACUGAACUUAUAAUAAGCUGACCUCUUGUACGUUCUUGUGCAAAAUGUCCUUUAAAUCACGGAAAAUUGGAGCAAGUGGCUACAUUAACGGUUUUUAAAAAAAGCUGAAAUCUCCGUCUAAACCUCCAAGCUAUUGCGAUUAGUCAGGUUUGCUCCAAAGUUCUUUGUUUUUUUUGUUAGAUUUAAUGUUAGACCAAAAAAGAGUUAUCUCUUAGAUUUUGAGCUUUAGAUUCUGUUUUAUUAUUGAAUUCGUAGAAUUAGAUUACUCCAUGAUGCUGCAUAUUUUGUACACCUUAAUAAAUUAUGUGUUUUAGUA